UCCUCAAUUUUGUCCCAAUUUUCCCCAACAACGAAUCCCUAAUCCCCUCACCUAUUCUAUAUAAUUACAAUCUAUCCACAGCUAAACCCACCAAUCAGCUCGUCCGUCGUAAAUCUGCCCCCCGCCGUCGCAAAAAAAAUUGAUGAAAUCGGAUUCCAAAUUAAUCGCCGCCAAUGCAGAGAACCUGCAGGAGGCGCCGUGGCACCAGAAAGCGGGCGGCGGCGGCGGCGGGAAAGGGACGAAACCGGCGGUGGUAACAUGCUCCCUCUCCAAAUUAACCUUCUUCUCCCUCUUCUUCCUAAUCUCCCUCCCUUACUUCUUCUACUCCCUCCGCUUCCCCAAUUACUGCAACCUCGCCUCCCUCCGCCUCCCCUCCGCCGUCAACAACGACUCCACGGCGGCGGCGGAAGAAAAAACGUCGCUCCGCCACAUAGUGUUCGGAAUCGCGGCCUCCGCCCGGCUGUGGGACCGGCGGAAGGAGUACAUCAAGCUGUGGUACCGCCCGGAGACGAUGCGCGGCGUCGUCUGGAUGGACAAGGCUCCGCCGUCGCCGGCGGCGGCGGAGGACCGCCGCCGUCUGCCGCCGAUCAGAAUCUCCGGCGACACGUCGGGGUUCGAGUACAGGCACGCGAAGGGGGACAGGUCGGCGAUCCGGAUAUCGAGGGCGGUGUCGGAGACGCUGCGGCUGGGGAUGGAGGACGUGCGGUGGUUCGUGAUGGGGGACGACGACACCGUUUUCGUGGCGGAGAAUUUGGCCGGGGUUCUGGCCAAGUACGACCACAGGGAGUGCUAUUACAUCGGGAGCAAUUCGGAGAGCCAUCUGCAGAACAUCAUGUUCUCGUACGCGAUGGCGUACGGCGGCGGGGGUUUCGCGAUCAGCUACCCGCUGGCGGUGAAGCUGGCGGCGAUGCAGGACCGGUGCCUGGGGAGGUAUCCGGCGUUGUACGGCUCCGAUGAUCGGAUUCAGGCGUGUAUGGCGGAGAUUGGGGUUCCUCUCACCAAGGAGCCGGGUUUCCAUCAGUUGGACGUGUACGGGAACGCGUUCGGCCUCCUGGCGGCCCACCCAGUAACGCCGUUACUCUCCCUCCACCACAUCGACGUCAUCGACCCGAUCUUCCCGAAAGCCAGCCGCCUCCAGUCCCUCCAGCGCCUCGCGCUCCCGAUGUCGCUGGACCCCGCGGCCCUCAUGCAGCAGUCCAUCUGCUACGACAGCAGACGGCGCUGGACGGUCUCCGUCUCGUGGGGCUACGCCGUCCAGAUCGUGCGUGGCACCGUCUCCCCGCGGGAGAUGGAGAUGCCCGUCCGCACCUUCGUCAACUGGCACAAGAAAGCCGACUACAGGGGCUACGCCUUCAACACCCGUGCCGUCCGCCCCAACACGUGUCAGACGCCGUUUGUGUACACGUUGCCGUCGAAUAAUGAUAGCGUGGUGUACAGCUCGACGACGGGGGAGACGACGAGCCAGUACGUCCGUUCACGGGGAGAGAAUCCCAAGUGCAAGAGCUGGAAGGUUGAGGAUCCGUCCGGGGUCGAUCGGGUCGAGGUUCGUAAGAGGCCCGACCCGAACUUCUGGGACAAGGCACCAAGGAGAAACUGUUGCAGAGUAGUGCCCUCCAAGAAGAGAAGAACGAUGGUGAUUGAUGUGGGGGAGUGUGGAGCAAAUGAAGUUGUGGAAUUGCGAUGACUUUUUUUGUUUUGUUUUUUUGACUGAAAACAGUUAGAAAAUAACAAGUAUAGAAGAAGAAGAAAGAAAAAAAAGAACCAACUACUGUUUUGUAGUGACCAAUUGAUUUUUUCUUAGCUUAAGAAAAUUGAUUGUUUAUUAGUUGAAUUUUUAUACGGGGGAGCUGUGGAAGAACCGGAAGAAUGCGUGGCUUGGCGGCCUUGAUUGUGAAUAUGAGGGACGAGAAAGAGGAGAAGAUAAGGGGUUGGAAGAGAUUAGACUAAUUCUUCUGUAAGAUGUUUGCUAUCUCAUAUGCAAACACAUAGCUCCGGUUGGAAAAAUGAAUGGAGAAACAAUCAAACACAAGAAAAAGGAUGGAGGAGUGGUGAAACAAUGGAACACAUACAUGGCUGCUCGGUUUAAUGAGUAUAUUGAGCUACAAUUAUCGUGGUUUUGGGAAUGUCAUGUCAUUAAAAGAGUGGUAGAAUUAUUCAAGG